CCCGCUCCGCGCGCCCUGCCCGCAGCCGCCGCCGAAGCUCUCGCUCCCAGCGCCACGGACGCCCCCGGGCCAAGCGGCGGUGCGCUCCCGUGCAGACCCGUGGACAGACGCCCCUGGCCGGUGGACUCUCGAGUCUCGCUUCUGCACCCUGCGUCCCCAGACAUGAAUGUGAGGAGGGUGGAAAGCAUUUCGGCUCAGCUGGAGGAGGCCAGCUCCACAGGCGGUUUCCUGUACGCUCAGAACAGCACCAAGCGCAGCAUUAAAGAGCGGCUCAUGAAGCUCUUGCCCUGCUCAGCUGCCAAAACGUCGUCUCCUGCUAUUCAAAACAGUGUGGAAGAUGAACUGGAGAUGGCCACCGUCAGGCAUCGGCCCGAAGCCCUUGAGCUUCUGGAAGCCCAGAGCAAAUUUACCAAGAAAGAGCUUCAGAUCCUUUACAGAGGAUUUAAGAACGAAUGCCCCAGUGGUGUUGUUAAUGAAGAAACCUUCAAAGAGAUUUACUCGCAGUUCUUUCCACAGGGAGACUCUACAACAUAUGCACAUUUUCUGUUCAAUGCAUUUGAUACAGACCACAAUGGAGCUGUGAGUUUCGAGGAUUUCAUCAAAGGUCUUUCCAUUUUGCUCCGGGGGACAGUACAAGAAAAACUCAAUUGGGCAUUUAAUCUGUAUGACAUAAAUAAAGAUGGCUACAUCACUAAAGAGGAAAUGCUUGAUAUAAUGAAAGCAAUAUACGAUAUGAUGGGUAAAUGUACAUAUCCUGUCCUCAAAGAAGAUGCUCCCAGACAACACGUUGAAACAUUUUUUCAGAAAAUGGACAAAAAUAAAGAUGGGGUUGUUACCAUAGAUGAGUUCAUUGAAAGCUGCCAAAAAGAUGAAAACAUAAUGCGCUCCAUGCAGCUCUUUGAAAAUGUGAUUUAACAAAAUGUGAUUUAAGUUGUCAAAUAGAUCCUGAAUCCAACAGACAAAUGUGAACUAUUCUACCACCCUUAAAGUUGGAGCUACCACUUUUAGCAUAGAUUGCUCAGCUUGACACUGAAGCAUAUUAUGCAAACAAGCUUUGUUUUAAUAUAAAGCAAUCCCCAAAAGAUUUGAGUUUUCAGUUAGUUAUAAAUUUGCAUCCUUUUCAUAAUGCCACUGAGUUCAUGGGAUGGUCUAACUCAUUUCAUACUCUGUGAAUAUUCAAAAGAAAUAGAAUCUGGCAUAUAGUUUUAUUGGUUCCUUAGCCAUGGGAUUAUUGAGGCUUUCACAUAUCAGUGAUUUUAAAAUAUCAGUGUUUUUUGCUACUCAUUUGUAUGUAUUCAGUCCUAGGAUUUUGAAUGGUUUUCUAAUAUAGUGACAUCUGCAUUUAAUUUCCAGAAAUUAAAUUAAUUUUCAUGUUUGAAUGCUGUAAUUCCAUUUAUAUACUUUAAGUAAACAAGAUUACAACAAUUAAAAAAACACAUAGUUCCAGUUUCGUUUCUAUGGCCUUCCCACCUUCUGUUAGAAAUUAAUUAAUUUUAUCUGGCAUUUUUAAACAUUUAAAAAUUAGUUUAUUAUCAGAUAUCAGCAUAUGCCUAAUAAAACUUAUUUUAAUAAGCAUUUAAUUUUCCAUAAUAUGUUACAGCCAAGGCCUAUAUAAUAAUUUUGGAUUUGUUCAAUCUUUCUUACAGGCUGUUUUCUAUUGUAUCAAUCAGUAUCAAUCAUUAAGUGGAAGUUGAAGAAGACAACACAAGGAUGUUUACAGACAUAUGCAAAGGGUCAGGAUAUCUAUCCUCCAGUAUAUAGUAAUUAUCCUCCAGUAUAUCGUAAUGCUUAAUAACAAGUAAUCCUAACAGCAUUAAAGGCCAAAUCUGUCCUCUUUCCCCUGACUUCCUUACAGCAUGUUUGUUUAUAUUACAAGCCAUUCAGGGACAAAGAAAGAAACCUUGACUACCCCACUGUCUACUAGGAACAAACAAACAGCAAGCAAAAUUAGCAAGCAAAAUUCUUAGCAAGCAAAAUUCACUUUGAAAGCACCAGUGGUUCCAUUACAUUGACAACUACUACCAAGAUUUAGUAGAAAAUAAGUGCUGAACAACUAAUCCAGAUUACAGUAUGAUUUAGCUCAUCAUAAUUCAGAUUAUUUUUAAUCAUCUUAGCCAAAACUGUAAAGUUGCCACAUUACUAAAGCCACACACAUCAUCCCUGUUUUGUAGAAAUAUCACAAAGACCAAGAGGCUACAGAAGGAGGAAAUUUGCAACUGUCUUUGCAACAAUAAAUCAGGUAUCUAUUCUGGUGUAGAGAUAGGAUGUUGAAAGCUGCCCUGCUAUCACCAGUGUAGAAAUUAAGAGUAGUACAAUACAUGUACACUGAAAUUUGCCAUCGCGUGUUUGUGUAAACUCAAUGUGCACAUUUUGUAUUUCAAAAAGAAAAAAUAAAAGCAAAAUAAAAUGUUUAUAACUCUA